AUGCUGCCACUUUAUCUCCCGCUUCCACCUCGUUCCAAGCUGUCCACUCUCCCUCAAGCGGGUCGGCUCCAGUACUUUCAGGCGUCAUGGCACACUCUGACGACGGACCCUUGGGUGCUGGAGACCGUCGCUGGUUACCGCCUGGAUCUGCUGUCUCCUCCGACUCAGCCGUCCGAACCACAUCCUCACCGGUUGGACGCCUCUCUGACUCAGAAGCUAGACGAGGAGGUGUGCGAGAUGGUUGCCAAGGGCGCCAUUACGCAGAUUCCGGAGCGGGAAAAGGGAUUUCUCAGUCCAUUUUUCGCUGUGCCGAAGGCGGAUUCCAUCAAAAUCCGGCCGAUUAUCGACCUCCGAGCCCUGAACGACUGUCUGCAGUAUCACCACUUCAAGAUGGAGUCAUUGAAGACAGUGGCGGAUCUCCUGCAGCCCGGCGAUGUGAUGAUCAAGAUAGAUUUGAGAGAUGCUUAUUUCUCAAUUCCAGUGGCUCGAUCGUCUCGUCGUUUUCUCCAGUUUCGGUGGCAUCACCGGCUUUACCGGUUCAACUGCCUACCGUUCGGCCUGAGCAGUGCUCCCAGAGUCUUCACCAAAACUCUGCAUCCUCUGGUGACGAUGGCACGUUCGCUCGGCGUCCGACUGGUGAUUUACCUCGACGACUUAUUAAUCAUGGCACAGACAACGUCCGACCUGUUUCGCCAUGUUGCUACCAUUCUUCAUCUGCUGAUCGGUCUUGGGUUCGACAUCAACUGGAAGAAGUCGCAUCUGAUUCCCACCAGGCAGAUACAGUACCUGGGUAUUCAGGUCAACUCCGUCACCAUGGAGUUCUCAUUGCCAGACACGAAAGCAGCCAAGCUUCAGCAACACUGUGCACAACUGCUGACUGCUCACACCGUAUCUCUUCGGGACAUUGCAUCGAUUGUGGGCUUGCUGGUGUCCACUAUGGUUGCCGUGGCUCCUGCUCCACUUCACUAUCGUCGUCUGCUGUGUUUGAAGAACACGUUCCUACGACAGGGUCGCCCCUACACUUACCAGCUUGCCCUCAGCCCCGAGUGCCGUGCCGAGCUUCAAUGGUGGAUUCGGCAUCUCCAGCUGUGGAAUGGGCGACCCGUGCGCAUUUCCGAGCCGGACCUAGUCAUUCAGUCCGAUGCAUCCAGUACGGGUCGUUCGGGGUGGGGUGCAUGUUGCGGCAAUGUCACCACCGGCGGCCGAUGGACUUCUGCCGAGAAGCAGCUUCACAUCAAUGCCCUGGAACUGUUCGCAGCCCAGUAUGCUGUCCAGUCCCUAGCGCCUUCUCUCUACCGGGGCAGCAUUCUCCUGCAGCUCGACAACAGCGUGGCUGUUGCCUGUUUGCUCCGCAAGGGCAGCAAUGCAUCACCGACCUUAGACAGGAUAGCCGCCACUCUGUGGGAGUGGUGUCUGCUCCGAGAUAUCACUUUGAUUCCACAAUAUCUACCUGGUGCGGUGAAUACAGUUGCCGAUUAUCACUCUCGCCAUCACACCGAUGCCAGCGACUGGAUGCUCAACAGGUCAGUUUUCCAGGAUCUCCAAAUCAUGUGGCCGAGUACCUGCGACCUGUUUGCAUCUCGCAUGAAUUCUCAACUGCCCACGUAUGUCAGUUGGCGCCCCGACCCAUACGCACACCGCCUGAAUGCCUUCAGUCUCGACUGGUCCUGCCUGCAAGCCUAUGCCUUCCCUCCAAUCUGUCUGAUUGGCAAAUGCCUGGCCAGAAUUGUUCUACAGGAGGUCCCAUCCAUCGUCAUGGUCACUCCGCUUUGGCCCGGUCAGGCUUGGUUUCCGGCUCUCUUAGCCCUAGUGGUAGACGUUACGCGAGUGCUGCCAGCCUCUCCAGUCUUGUUGACGGGUCCAGAUCACGAAGUUCACCCGUUGGUACAGUCCGGUCACCUCACCCUGGUCGCAUGGAAACUCUCCGGGCUAGCUACAGCCGCCGCGGAGUUUCGGGCGACACUGCCAACCUACUCUUGGCGUCAUGGCGUUCCGGCACCGAACGUGUGUAUCAGUCGGCAUGGAACAAAUGGUGUGAUUGGUGUCGCACACGGCAAAUCGAUUCCAUGGAUGCUCCUCUCGCAGAGGUCCUUAACUUUCUGA